AUGCCGUUUCCCUUUAUCCUCCCCACAACCUCGGCCUUCUCAUUCUCCUCCAGCUUUAGCAGCGAUACCCACCCCUCACUUCCCCUCAGCGCCAGCACAUAUCGCGGGGUCGUCAAAGAUGCUCUCAAAAAGCACAAACGACUUCCGCCUACGUCGCAGUCAUCUCAUGUCUCCACCGUCAUUGGAGCUCUCAAUGGCUAUAUCCCAUAUGUACUAGCCAUUGACGGUGGUCUCAGCCCAAACUCGCAGUUUGGUGAUAGCAUCAUUCUCAAUGCCACAUCCCCGCCUUCAAUCGAGUGGCGCCCAACACUUUCAGACAAUGCAGUGCCCGGCCGUGAGCGCUCAAGGGUGAAAGUCCAAUCCAUUGACCAUGAGAUUGCCUUUACUCUCUCCACCUUGGCUAACUCAUAUACCCUGAUUGCCCGAGCUGCUCUUCACCCGCUUUUCGUUACAACACAGGCAACCUUGGAUGCUCAGCAACGAACAGGUGCCAUCCAGACCGCAACCAAAUAUCUCCUGGAUGCCGCGUCAAUAUACGAUUGGCUAGCUCUUCGGGCUGAGAGAAUCCAAACGCCACCACCCUGCAGCGAUGUUUCCCCCUCAACACUCCGCGCCAUGUCAUCGCUCGCCCUUGCUGAGGCAACCCUUCUUGCCGUCCUUAAAGAUGAUCCAUACCCGGCCAUAGUUGCUCAAGACCGUAACAAGAACGAUCGCGAGUGGAUGUACAAGGCUCCUGAAAUCCCCAAGGUUCGAGCUCACUUGUUCGCCCGCUUGUGUCUUGCAGCCGCCGAACACGCGGCGCAGGCGUCGUCCCUUUGCCAGGCCGCAGGCCGUGGGUCCAGCAAAAUUAAUGAGGGGCUUCUUCGCUAUCUUGAAGACCUCCGCAGAACCUGCCGUGCCAAAGCGUGCCGCUUCUUCGGCAUCGAUGCCGAGAUUGGUGGCCAGGUGGGUACAGCCAUUGCCUGGCUGCAGGCUGGCUUACAGGAACUGGGUAUCGAAUCCAAGUAUUCUGCCAAAGGCUCCGGAUUCAGCCGCUUCAAGAAGGAAUGGACUGAGAAGCGCGAGGAGCGUAAGGUGGAAAAGGAAACGGCAUGGGGCGCUGAUGGCGGCAAAGUCGAGGAGACAAGGGUGAUCGAGUUCCUGGAAGUCAAGUGGCACAAACUUAACGACACCAUGAAUGUUCAGAUUGUACCUCCAGUUGGGCCUUUGGUGGCUCAAAUGCCUUCGGGCCGCGAGAUCCACACACUCAAGCCCUACCAGCCGCCAGCGCUGGAUCGAAGUAUCCUGGAAGCCAUGCGUGCGCCACCUGAGAGGAAUGAUGACUAUGGAGAUGCUUUGAGCUCAGACGACGAAGCUAAGGGUUAUGCUGGUCCCCCGGGAGGGUUCCCUGAGUCCAGGCCAGAGUAUAGGAGCGCAAGCACGUCCUACUAUUAG